AUGGACUCUGCUUUCUAUGCAAGAUUGAGACGAAGAUUAAUUUUAUCUGAAAAGAGAAAUAGAAGGGGAAAAUUUACGGAACCAUUGGAUUUAGGACCUCCAACAAUAGUAUGUGAGCAUUGUAGAGCUCAACUUUGGUAUGAAGAGAGAACUGUAAAGUCAAAAACGCCUACAAAACCGAAGUUUAGUUUGUGCUGUUCUGAAGGAAGAGUUCAACUCCCUCUAUUGAAAGAACCUCCACCCUUUCUUGGAAACUUACUCAAUAUUAAUAGUGAUGAGAGAUCAAUAAACUUUCAACUAGGGAUAAGAAUCUACAACUCUCUCUUUGCUUUCACUUCUUUGGGGGGUAAUGUUGAUAGAUCAGUGAAUAAUGGUUCUGGUCCAUAUGUGUUUCGUGUAAAUGGUCAAACUCAUCAUAGAAUUGGAUCACUUCUUCCUGUCCAUGGCCAAAAACCUAAGUAUGCACAGCUUUAUAUUUAUGAAACUGAUAAUGAAGUUAAAAAUAGAAUUGAUGCAGUUAUACGUGAAGAUGAUAGAAAUUAUGUGGAUCCAGAUAUUGUUACUGGGUUGAUGGAAAUGUUAGACCAGUGUAACCAAUUGGUUAAAUGUUUUAGAAUGGUCAGGGACAGAUUUGAUGAAUCAGAUAUACAUAAUGUCAGAAUUCGUUUAAUACGAAGUCGCAAUUCUGGUGAAAGGCAAUAUGACUUACCUGUAAUGUCUGAGAUAGCUGCUCUUAUUGUUGGAGAUUUUAAUAUUGAAAGUUCUGAUAGAGAUAUUAUUGUUGAGAAUCGAAGUUUAGGAUUGCAACGUAUAAAUGGAACUCAUCCAAGCUUUAUGGCAUUGCAAUAUCCAUUACUUUUUCCAUAUGGUGAGGAUGGGUAUAUGCUUGGUAUACCUUAUAGGAAUUUGAAUGGCAGCAAUUCUAGAAAAAGGGAAUCAAUAACAAUGAGAGAAUACUAUGCUUAUAGGCUUCAACAACGCUUUCAUGAGGGCAAGACAUUGUUGCUUGGUAGGAGGCUUUUUCAACAAUUUAUAGUGGAUGCAUACACUUCUAUCGAAGAAGAAAGACUACAAUGGGUUAGAUUCAAUCAAAAAAAAUUGAGGUCAGAGCUGUACUAUGGUUUGAAAGAUGCCGUUCUUCGUGGUGAUACAGAUCCCAUUACCGUAGGCAAACGAAUAGUCCUACCAUCCUCAUUUACUGGAAGUCCAAGGUACAUGGUUCAAAAUUAUCAAGAUGCAAUGGCGAUAUGUAGAUGGGCAGGUUACCCAGAUUUAUUUCUUACAUUUACUUGCAAUCCAAAAUGGUCAGAAAUCAAUCAUUCCUUAGAAUUUAUAGAAGGCCUAAAAUAUGAGGAUCGGCCAGAUAUUGUAGCAAGGGUUUUUAAGAUAAAAUUAGAUGAACUAUUACAUGAUUUGAGGCAUAAAUCUCAUUUUGGAAGAGUUAUUGCUAUUGUGUAUACAAUUGAAUUCCAAAAAAGAGGACUCCCACAUGCACAUAUUCUUCUAUUCUUGGAUCCAAAGGAUAAGUGUCCAAGUCCAACAGACAUUGAUGGUAUCAUUAUGGCUGAGAUACCAGAUCCAGAUGACGAUCCUGUUGCUAAUGAAGCUGUAAAACAAUUUAUGAUGCAUGGGCCAUGUGGAUCUGCAAAUCCGAAAUCACCGUGCAUGAUGAAUGGUAAAUGUACAAAACAUUUUCCGAAAAGAUUUUAUGAAGAAACAACAAUUGAUGAAGAAGGCUUUCCAGUAUAUAGAAGGAGAAAUGAUGGAAAAACAAUAGAGAAGAACGGAAUUCUUUUGGAUAACCGAUAUGUUGUACCUUAUAAUGUAGAUCUCUUGGUGAAGUACCAAUCCCAUUUGAAUGUAGAAUGGUGUAAUAGAUCUCGAUCGAUCAAAUAUUUGUUUAAAUAUAUAAACAAGGGAUCAGAUAGAGCAACAGUUGUUGUAGAAGAGAAUUUGCCAAAUAUUGGGAGUGAUGGACAAGAAACCGAAAUUGUUGUUGAUGAGACAAAAGCAUACUUAGAUUGUAGAUAUAUUUCAGCUUCUGAAUCAUGUUGGAGAAUAUUUGAAUUUCCAAUUCAGUUUCGAUAUCCACCUGUUGAAAGAUUAAAUUUUCAUUUAGAAGACGAACAUCCCAUCAUUUAUCCGGAAAAUACAAGCUUGGAUAAUGUUUUAAAUAUACCUGGUAUUGAAGAAACAAAGUUUACAGAAUGGAUGAAAACAAAUGAGGCUUUUGAAGAUGCUCGAGAGUUGACUUAUGCUGAAUUUCCUACAAAAUGGGUAUGGCAUAGUAAUGAUAAGCAAUGGCAAAGAAGGAAAUCUAAAUAUUGUAUUGGAAGAGUGUACUACGCACAUCCUUCAAGUGGUGAAAGGUUUUAUUUGAGAAUGUUGCUUAACAUUGUCAAAGGUCCAAGAAACUUUAAAGAAUUAAAGACUAUAAAUGAUGUUACUUAUCCAACUUAUAAGGAAGCCUGUUAUGCACUUGGACUUCUUGAUGACGACAAAGAAUGGCAUGAUUCCCUAAUUGAAGCUUCGAAUUGGGCCAGUGGGCAACAAUUGCGUCAACUAUUUGUUACAAUGCUAUUGUUCUGUGAGGUAGCUGAUCCAUUAAGUCUUUGGGAAUCCAAUUGGAAACUGAUUACAGAAGAUAUACUAAAUAGGCAAAGGCGUAUCCUCCAAUUCCAAGAACUAAUUUUAUCAGAUGACCAAUUGAGAAAUUAUGGAUUGUAUGAAAUCGAACAAAUCCUCCAACAAUAUGGAAGAUCACUUAGAGAUUAUCCACAAAUGCCCCAGCCAAAUAUGGAUCUUAUUCAGAAUGGGAAUAGACUUAUUCAAGAAGAAAUGUCGUAUGAUGUAUCAAGUCUGAUAAGAGAACAUGAGAUCCUAAUUUCUGGCCUAAACAAUGAACAGAGUAUAAUCUACAAUUCUAUAAUGGAAGCUGUUGUUACUGAAAGAGGGGGAAUGUUUUUUGUCUAUGGACAUGGUGGAACGGGUAAAACGUAUCUUUAUAGAACCAUCCUGUCUGGUAUAAGAUCAAAAGGCAAAAUUGCUCUUGCUGUUGCAUCUUCAGGAAUUGCUGCUUUGUUGCUUCCUGGUGGAAGGACUGCUCACUCAAGAUUUCAUAUCCCAAUUAAUGUAAAUGAUGACUCUACCUGUGACAUAAAGCAAAGAACACAAGCAGCGGAACUUCUCUCAAAAACAAGUAUUAUACUUUGGGAUGAAGCACCGAUGGCACAUAGGAAUUGUUUUGAAGCUGUUGACCGCACGUUACGAGAUAUACUACAAAUUGAAGAUCCUCAAAAUGCUGAAAAACCUUUUGGUGGUAAAGUUGUAGUUCUAGGGGGUGAUUUUCGACAAAUACUUCCAGUUGUGAGAAAGGGAAGACGAGAAGAUAUAGUCCAAUCCUCAAUUAGCAAGUCAUAUCUAUGGAAUGAUUGUAAUGUCUUUAAACUCCAAACAAAUAUGAGGCUUCUACAGAACGGUAUGAGUGGAAUAGAAACAUCAUCUAUAAAGGACUUUAGUGAGUGGAUUCUUAAAAUAGGUAACGGUGAAUUGGGAGAAGGAGAUGGGGAUUACAACAUUUCAAUUCCAAGUGAUUUGAUUAUCCAACCUUCAGAGAAUCCAAUGCAAGAUAUUAUUGACAACACAUAUCCAGGUUUGGAAAAUAAAUACACAGAUCCAAGUUACCUACAGGAUAGGGCAAUUCUUGCCCCUACAAAUGAAGUUGUAGAAGAACUAAAUGACUAUAUUGUGUCAUCCUUAAAUGGAGAAGUUCAUGAAUAUCUAAGUUCAGAUUCUAUAUGCAAGGCUUCUUCAAAUGUUCCUGACCAAGAUCUCCUGUAUACUGUUGAAUUUUUGAACACGUUGAGAUUUCCAGGAUUGCCAAACCAUAAACUGACAUUAAAAAUAGGUUUGCCUGUAAUGUUGCUUAGAAACUUGAAUCAGAAUGAAGGUCUUUGUAAUGGAACAAGACUCAUAAUAACAAGAUUGGCUACAUGGGUGAUAGAAGCAGAAAUCAUAACUGGCACUAAUAUAGGCAAACGUGUGUUCAUUCCAAGAAUAACAUUAUCUCCAAGUGAUUCAAAAUGGCCAUUCGUUUUAAAGAGACGACAAUUUCCAAUUUCAGUGUGCUUUGCAAUGACUAUAAAUAAAAGCCAAGGACAAUCAUUGAAACAUGUUGGAGUGUAUUUGCCAAAACCUGUUUUUAGUCAUGGGCAAUUGUACGUUGCAGUGUCUAGAGUUACAAGCAGAAAUGGCCUAAAAUUCCUCAUCAUUAACGAUGACAUUGAAAAAAAGUCUGAAACAAAAAAUAUUGUGUAUAAAGAAGUUUUUACCAAUCUUUGACUCAAGAAACCAACUAAUAAAGGUAGGGAUCCAAGAUGAUGCAAUAUUCUCUCCUUAAUCAGCUUUGUAUAGACAAACACAAAGAAAAUUGGAAAGUCAAGGUCAGAAUAUCAAGGAUGUGGAAUGCAAUCAACUCAAAAAAUAAUGAUAUUAUUAGUUUAGACAUGAUUUUAAUCGAUGAGCAGAAUAAUUCAAUACAUGCAAUCAUUAAAAAUAAUAUUGCUAAAAAGUUCAAGCCUCUUCUGCAAGAAGGAAAAUUUUAUGAACUCUCUCAUUUUCAAGUGGUUGAUGGCAAUGCAUUGUAUAGACCAGUAGACAAUGACAUCAAGAUCAUGUUCACAUUGAAAACUAGCAUUAAGGAAAUAAAGGAGGUUGAUGUUGAUAUACCGCGUCAUAAAUUCGAAUUUGUUGACUACAAUAAAAUACAUGAACGCGUUAAUAAACAUGUCCAGCUAUCAGAUAUCAUUGCAAAUGUGAUUGGUGUUGGACCGAUUGAGCAACCUUGCAUCAAAGGAUCAAAUGUCUUGAUGAGAAACAUAAAUGUCAUGACUAUAGAAGGACAUGAAAUAAAGCUUACACUUUGGGGAUCAAUUGCAAAUGAAGUUGAGGAAAGCUUCUUUACUGAAAAUCCAGGCCCUUUUAUCAUAAUUGCUACAUGUUUGACUGU